AGAAGAAAUUUUCGUGUAUCAUCACCAGUUGGUGGCAGUAAUGCACAUCAUGAUUGUUUGCCAAACCUACAAGAACGUCAAAGAAGAUUCCCGCUCCCAGCAGUCAGUUCGUUUCCAUGCGUAGUAGCCACCUCGCUGCAGCAGAAUGUCGGUGUUCAUGGAUCUGAAUGUGCUGUUUUCUGCAGACAGGAGCCGCCUGCAGAGCCUAGUAGAGACAGCCGCUCACUUGGGAUUCUCCACUGUUGCCAUCAACUAUGUAUUUGAACCCACAACCAAGAAGAAACAGGAAGUUCCAUCACCAGUGCCGAUCAGUGAGCUUAUUGGUCAGCUGCCUGUGGUACAGGGUCGCUCUCGUCCAAUCAAAGUGCUGAAUAGACUAACAGUGGUGAUGUCAGAGGCCAGUCACUUUAGGCCAAAUACUACAGAGUAUCGCGCCUUUGACCUCCUGGCCAUCCAGCCAACCACCGAGAAGCUCUUCCAUACCACCUGCAUGCUGUGUGACGUUGACAUCAUUUGCAUCUCGGUGACAGAGAAACUUCCCUUCUUCUUCAAGAGAGCGCCCAUAAACGGGGCCAUUGACAGAGGAGUGGUGUUUGAGGUGUCAUAUGCCUCAGCACUCAGGGACUCCACCAUGAGGCGCUACACUAUUGCCAACGCUGUUUGUUUGAUGGAAAGCUGCAAAGGAAAGAACGUCAUCGUCUCAAGUGCAGCUGAGAAGGCUUUGGAGCUUAGAGGACCUUAUGACAUUAUUAAUCUGUAUCCUCCAGCUGAUGAUAAAUGUCUGAUAGGUCCCUCCCACUCUGAAGGAACAUGGAAAUCAACGCUUUGCAUCAGACUCCAUCUCUCAGAGGGGCGCUGUUUGGUCUGUCAGAUGCUGACUCUAAAGAAGCCGUGUCUUCCACCUGCAGAGCCGUUUUACUUCAUGCAGAAACCAGGAAGACUGCUAGUGGCAUUGUGUACACCCGGAUCAGUCAGCAGGACACCCUUCAGGACUGCGUCGGUGAAGCUCCUGCUGCCAAACGACCCAAACCAACCUGACGGGGAUUGAGGAGGCAGAGCCUGUUCUCAUUUGUUUUACUGUUUGUCCUUGUCUCUUUUUGAAGAUGUUUUACCUCAUGAAAACUGAUUUAUAAUUUUGGAUCAAUAAAGUUUGGAAAAUAAAUUCUUUAUUCAUUUUUAGCUAAUUGAGGAAUAACUUAGAUGUAUGUGUGUAU